AGUUUGAAGAACAAGUUAAUGAUUAUUGUUGUGAGAAUCAAACUGGCAUUCAUAGAGAAUCGCAUUAUAACUUUUUUAAAUGAUUGGUGAAUUGACAACGAAUAGACUGCAGAAAUCGUGACAGGUCAAAGAAUUAUGAUCAGGGCAUGUGCCGCCUUUAGGCGAGGCGUUUCUUUUACAACGUUUAAUGAUGCGAGAGUGACCUUGGACAAAUCCCAGUUUCAUGUUUUGCAGUCGUGUAAAUACCAUGUCACCCCAAAAAACCUCAAACGAAACAGAAGUCGUGUUUUGGUAUCAUUUAAAUCUGUGACAAAACCAGAUUUGGAGUCUUCCGCAAAAUUAUCACCCCAGCAAGUGACAUCCAUUCUGGAACUAGAGCAAAGAAGAUUCGAAAUUCAAGAAGGUGCAGUUAAAAGUGUAGACAUUAACAGAUUGGCUGCCAAUGAUCCGAUUGAGGACAGAGAUGGUUAUGCCAGUCUUGGGCCAUCUGAGUUUUUGUUUGGUGUUUAUGAUGGACAUGGAGGAUGUGGGUGUUCGAGUACUGUCAGUGAGCGACUGUUCCAUUACAUAGCUAUUUCAUUUGCUGACUAUAGUCUUCUUGAGGACAUAAUUACAGGAAAACUGGGAAUGAACAACUUGGUAAACUGGUAUCAAAAAGAAACCUACUCUGAGCGUUCCAAACGUUUAUAUAUGCGUGCAAUAAUGAAGUAUGCACAAGAAUCUCUAGCAGCUCAUGAACCAACCAGCAUAGAACAGCAUCUGAAAGAUGCAUUCGUUAGAUUAGAUCAUGAUAUAAUUCAAGAGGGCAUUCCCUCAGAGAGUAACAAGGAAUUCCACUCCGAUUCUCUUUUUUCUGCUAUGGCUGGUUCUUGCGCCCUGGUUUCUUACAUUGAUGGAACAGACCUUUAUGUGGCUAAUCUCGGUGAUUGUCGGGCGGUUCUUGGUGUCAAAGUUCAGGAAUCGGAGUAUGCUGCUGUCCCUCUUUCCUAUGCUCAUGAUGCUCACAAUGCAUCUGAAAUUCGCCGAAUCUUGGAUCAACACAAGAAUGAGUCCACUAACAUUAUAAGAAAUAAUCGUCUGUUUGGCGAAUUGGCUCCAUUGAGAGCAUUUGGUGACUUGCGUUAUAAAUUAUCCCUCACAGAAGUAAAAGAAUUGGAGAGGUAUUUUAAUACAAAUCAUGAAGUGCGUGGGUAUUAUGACAAUAGAGUUGUGCCCCCAAAUUAUAAAACCCCACCCUAUUUAAUAUCUGAGCCAGAGGUGAUAAAACACAAGCUCACUCCUAAAGACAAAUUCUUGGUGCUUGCCUCUGAUGGACUGUUUGACAUGUUAACUCCAGAAAAAGUGGUCAAACUUGUGGCUGGUCAUAUUGAUGGGAAACAGAUAUUGAUAGACCCUCAAAUAGAUACUAAUAUGAAUCUCAAAUCAAUGAACCGUUACCUUGUAGAGAGGAAGACAAAGCUUGCAAACAGGAGCAUUGACGACAAUGCUGCCACGCACUUGAUUCGCAAUGCUCUGGGUCCGGAACACCGACAGAUCUCAUACUACCUCUCCCUACCUGACAAUGUGUGUCGGACCCAGAGGGACGACAUGACAGUGUCUGUUAUUUUCUUUGACAGUGAUUAUAUUAAGGACAAAAAUGUUUCUGAUGGCAUUAUUAAGAAAUGAUUGCAUGAAUGAUGGUUUGGUUGUGCUUGUCAUAUUGAGAGAUGCUUGUGAUAUGUGACACUAAAAUACUCUUUUAUGAGAUAUAUAUAUUAAGAUGGCUUCAAACAGGGACGUAUAUACUGACUUAUAUAUGUCCCUGCUUUGAAUUGUUAAUGCUGUCUUUUAAAAUUCUUUGUGCUCAAUUCAUGAAUGCAGUGGAAUAUAUGCAAUCAGAUUUUUAAUAUGUUCCUACGUUCUAGAAUGGAGACAAGUUACAUUGUACAAAAUUCAAUCAGGAUGAAAAUUUCUUGAAUUAUUGUAUGAAUUUAAAGGAAAUCGGUGAAAUCAAAUGUACCGUUACAUCAUUGUAAAUUUCCCCAAUUUUUACAAUGAUCUUAAUAAUAAAUUGUUUCUGGAAAUGCUUAACAUUGUGUUUAUGUCUUAAGAUACCUGGUAGUUAGUACAUGUACCUUAAAAUCAAGCACAGGCAGUCGGGUGGAUUUCUUUUGUGGGCCCCCCAGGAAAGCCUCUUAAUUUGUAUGUACACUGUAUUUUUUAUCAUUUUUAUCAUAGACUGUUUUUAAGUUCGGGAAAAUAUCCAUCUUGAAAAAAUUUGGAGUGUCAUCUAAUAACCUUGAAUUUAAAUCAAGUUAUAACUUUCAGGAUGAUGUGAUAAAUUCUCUGUUAAGUUAUGAAUUGCCCUCACUUUAAAUAUUGCAUUCUCUGUUCAUGAUGUUUAUGAGCUCAAAAUAAAACACCAUGACCUGUU